UGUGAAUUGCAUUGCUCUAUAACAGACCAACAACAUCUCCCAAUAUCUGCUCACCAUGCUCUCCCGUAUCGUGAAGUCACGCUCUGCAACUCGCCAGCUUACCAGAUGUGCCUCCACAUCCUCAGCUCCAAAGCCUAAAUUCAACUGGGAGGAUCCACUGAACUUGGAGGGUGCGCUGACGGACGAGGAGGUUGCCAUAAGGGAUACAGCCCGCGAUUUCUGCCAGGAAUAUCUUGCACCUCGGGUUAUUGAGGCUCAUCGUACAGAGAAUUUUGACAAGUCUAUUCUCCCGGCAAUGGGCUCUGUGGGCCUCCUCGGACCAACGAUCGACGGCUACGGUUGCGCUGGAGUGAGCAAUGUCGCAUACGGUCUUAUAGCCCGUGAAAUUGAAAGGGUAGAUUCAGGGUAUCGCUCCACCGCUUCUGUGCAGUCUUCCUUGGUUAUGCAUCCAAUACAUACUUUUGGGACCCAGGCGCAGAAGGAUAAAUUCUUGCCUGGUUUGGCCAAGGGAGAGCUUGUGGGAUGUUUUGGUUUGACCGAGCCCAACCACGGGUCUGACCCAGCCGGUAUGGAAACCGUGGCGGAGGAAGUCGACGGCGGGUUCGUCAUCAACGGCAGCAAGACGUGGAUAUCCAAUGCCCCCGUGGCAGACGUUUUUAUUAUGUGGGCGCGCUGCAAGUGGGACAACCGUGUCCGUGGGUUCAUCCUCGAGAAAGGGAUGAACGGCCUAUCUGCGCAGAAGAUUCCAAACAAGUUGGCUCUGAGAGUAUCGACCACUGGAUCCAUAUUCAUGGACUCUGUGAAGGUGCCACACGAUGCUCUGAUGCCCGACGCCAUCGGUUUAGGCGCAGCAUUCUCUUGUCUUAAUAGCGCGCGGUUCGGCAUCUCGUGGGGCGUCAUGGGCGCCCUUGAGGAUUGCCUCAAUACCGCCCGCACAUACGCCCUUGACCGCCAUCAAUUUUCCCGGCCACUCGCCUCGUUCCAACUUGUUCAAGCGAAGCUAGUCAAGGUGCAAACUGAGAUUGCCUUGGGCUUACACGCAAGUUUGAGAGUGGGUAGGCUGAAGGAUGAAGGAAAGUUGGUGCCGGAGAUGGUCAGUAUGGUGAAGAGGAAUAAUUGUGGGAAGGCGUUAGAGGGGGCAAGGAUGUUGGUGGACGUGCUUGGUGGGAACGCGUGCUCGGAUGAGUAUAGCAUCGGAAGGCAUGUAGCAAACUUGCAGGUGACGAACACGUAUGAGGGCACCCAUGACAUCCACACCCUCAUCCUCGGCAAGGCUAUGACCGGAAUUCAAGCCUUUUCGAACUGAGCUGAGUACGAAAGCUCGACAACACAGUGCGCGUAUUUUCUAUGGAGUGGAAGGACGACAUCUAGCUGGCACAUUUAAUCAACACACAAUGUUUAGAUAUCUGUAUUAUCACAAAUCAUUUAACGUUCAACAGGAUUCUCGCGCGUUUUAUCUGCAUUGUCGUGAACUUCUGAAACG